AACAGAGGAGGAACAAUCUCUAUAAAUAGUAGUAAAUACCCAUCCAACCUCAGAUUUAACUCUCAACUUGUUUCGUUCCGUGUGAAUUUGUGCAAACACAAUAAACAGAUGGAUCAGUUCAAAGGACAGCCUCGCCUUCCGAAAUUCGUCGUUCCGAAACGCUAUGACAUUAGGCUCAAGCCCGACCUCGUCGCGCACCGUUUUGCAGGUUCCGUCGCCGUCAACCUCGACAUCGUCGCCGCCACCUCUUUCAUCGUUCUCAAUGCCGCCGAACUCGACGUUAGCAACGACGCCGUUUCAUUCACCAACCAAGAUUCCUCCAAGGUUAUUAAACCUUCUCGAGUUGAGUUGUUUGAAAAUGAUGAGAUUCUGGUUUUGGAGUUCCCAGAGGAAUUACCUAUUGGCUUCGGUGUCUUGUCCAUUCGCUUUGAAGGAAUCUUGAAUGAUAGAAUGAAAGGCUUCUACCGAAGUACCUAUGAGCACAAUGGUGAGAAGAAGACUAUGGCAGUUACACAGUUUGAACCAGCUGAUGCCAGGCGAUGCUUUCCUUGUUGGGAUGAACCUGCUUGCAAGGCUACUUUCAAGAUCACAUUGGAUGUGCCUUCAGAGCUCGUUGCUCUUUCCAACAUGCCAAUUGUUGAAGAAAUAACAGACGGAGAUCUGAAAACAGUCUCGUAUCAAGAAUCACCAAUUAUGUCUACAUAUUUGGUUGCGGUUGUUGUUGGUUUAUUUGAUUAUGUGGAAGAUCAUACCUCAGAUGGGGUCAAAGUCCGGGUGUAUUGUCAAGUUGGUAAGGCAAACCAGGGGAAAUUUGCACUUGAUGUAGCUGUGAAAACUUUGGAACUAUACAAGGGUUACUUUGCCACUCCCUACUCGCUGCCAAAAUUGGAUAUGAUUGCAAUCCCUGAUUUCGCUGCUGGAGCCAUGGAGAACUAUGGUUUAGUUACAUAUCGGGAGACUGCUUUGCUAUAUGAUGACCAGCAUUCUGCUGCUGCAAAUAAACAGAGGGUUGCAACUGUAGUAGCUCAUGAACUAGCACACCAGUGGUUUGGCAACCUUGUUACAAUGGAGUGGUGGACACAUUUGUGGCUGAAUGAGGGGUUUGCAACAUGGGUGAGCUAUUUAGCCACUGAUAGCUGUUUUCCUGAGUGGAAAAUAUGGUCUCAAUUUCUUCAUGAAUCUACUGAGGGUCUUAAGCUGGAUGGACUUGCGGAGUCCCACCCAAUUGAGGUAGAGAUCAAUCAUGCUUGUGAGAUUGAUGAAAUAUUUGAUGCAAUAAGUUAUAGAAAAGGUGCAUCUGUAAUUAGGAUGCUGCAAAGCUAUCUUGGUGCCGAAUGCUUUCAGAGGUCGCUGGCUUCAUAUAUAAAAAGACAUGCUUGCUCAAAUGCUAAGACUGAGGAUCUAUGGGCUGCACUUGAGGAAGGAUCUGGUGAACCUGUGAACAAGUUAAUGACCUCAUGGACAAAGCAGAAGGGAUAUCCUGUUGUAUCUGUUAAAAUCAAUGAUCAGAAAUUGGAAUUUAAUCAGUCGCAAUUCUUGUCAAGUGGUGCUCAAGGAGAAGGCCAUUGGAUUGUUCCAAUAACAUUAUGCUUUGGCUCUUAUGAUGUCCACAAGAGUUUCCUCUUGCAAUCAAAAUCUGAAACACAUGAUGUCAAAGAUUUCCUUGGUUCCACACACAAAGGUUUAAAUUGUUGGAUUAAACUUAAUGUGGAUCAGGCUGGUUUCUACAGGGUGAAGUAUGAUGAGCUGCUUGCUGCUAGACUUAGAUAUGCAGUAGAGAAACAACUCUUAUCUGCAUCAGACCGAUUUGGCAUUUUGGAUGAUUCAUUUGCACUUUGUAUGGCUUGCCAGGAAUCAUUGACCUCCUUGAUUAACUUGAUGGGAUCUUACAGGGAGGAAGUUGAUUAUACCGUGUUGUCUAACCUGAUAACUGUAAUGUUAUUUUUCAAAUCUUGUUCAUUCAUUACUUGGGUUAUAUAUGUUGGACAUAAUUCCAAUUCUUUUGUUUGGCAGAUAAGUCUUAAAGUUCAACGUAUUGCAGCUGAUGCAGUACCAGACUUACUAGAAUAUUUCAAGCAGUUCUUUAUUAACCUUUUUCAGUACUCUGCUGAGAGGCUUGGUUGGGAGCCUAAACCAGGAGAGAGUCAUGUAGAUGCAAUGUUGAGAGGAGAAAUUUUGACUGCCCUUGCUAUGUUUGGUCACGAUUUAACACUGGAUGAAGCAAGCAAGCGUUUUCAGGCAUUCUUAGAAAACAGAAAUACACCACUUCUUCCACCUGAUAUAAGAAAGGCGGCAUAUGUAGCUGUAAUGCAACGGGCAAGCAAAUCUAACAGAUCGGGUUAUGAAUCCCUUUUGAAAGUAUAUAAGGAAGCUGACCUAAGUCAGGAGAAAACACGUAUUCUGGGCUCUCUGGCAUCUUCACGUGAUCCAGAUCUAAUUCUUGAAGCUCUAAACUUCAUGUUGUCAUCUGAGGUUCGUAGUCAGGAUGCUGUUUUUGGACUUGCUGUUACCCGGGAAGGACGAGAUGUAGCUUGGGCAUGGCUUAAGGAAAAUUGGGAACACCUCAUAAAAACAUAUGGUUCAGGAUUUUUGAUAACUCGGUUUGUCGGUGCAGUUGUCUCACCGUUUGCUUCCUUUGAGAAGGCCAAGGAGGUAGAGGAAUUCUUUGCUACCCACGCUAUGCCAUCCAUUGCUAGAACGUUAAGGCAGAGCCUUGAGCGGGUCAAAAUCAAUGCAAAUUGGGUUCAGAGUGUUCAGAACGAAAAUAGGCUUGGUGAUGCUAUGAAGGAAUUGGCAUACAGAGUUUACUAGGCUCUUGUCUAGAGCGCUUUUCCAUAAAUAAAAAAAAGAAGUGUGGUGGUAAUUUCAACUUUCUUCUGUCUGUCAAUGUUACCGUCUUUUGCUAAGCAUGGACCUUGCGAGUUGCCUGACAUGGGAAUAAUGUGUGUGCCCUUUUUAAAUCUGCAGUCGUGCGAUUUUGGUUUGAGAUGACAAAAAUACCCUCACUCUUGGAUAUUUGCGGACAAAAUUUCGUAACGGAUAGAAGAUAAAUACUUAAAUGAGUGUUCAUGGAUGAUGAAGACAAAUAUUAGAGUACUUGUUUCGUACAUAUUCAUUAUAAUAAAAUUACAUAAAUGUCUUUGUUUAACUAAGGACUUGUGAGAUUUAAGUAUGUAUCUUAUUAACUUUGGUUUACACUUAUGAAAUUGAAUUAUUUAGUUUUGUGGUCCA